AUGGUGGUCAUAGUCGCUUCGUUAUUUCUGCCUUUUCAGCCGCAGUUUGAAGUAUCGGGUUCAGAUGCUGAUACUGCAGCGCUGCUAGAAAGCGAUGCUAUUAAAGUUCCGCAAACGAAUGCGGGCGGUGUAGGCCAAGUAUCAGGAGAAACAGGUGAUCCUUUGCGUAGAAAUAGAACGAGCUCCGUGCAUUCGAACUCGCCGUUUUCAAACUCUGAGCACGGCAAUGUGGGCUCGGAGCUGCUCGACUAUCCGAACGCAAAUGUGUCUCGAGCGCAAGAUACGCUACCACCUCCCCCAAAAGUUGCCAACCCAGGCAUCUCAUCUGACAUGUUCAUGGAAAAUCUUACGGCAAAUGCAGUCAACACAGGUACGGCAGGAACGCCUGCUAAUCCGGUGCACAAUCAAGGUAAUACGUCUGUGGAGGAGUUUUUCAGUUCUCACCCGGCUGGCUCAAUGCAGGCGAUUUUUGGUGGAAGUGGCAUGUCGAGCAGAAAUUAUUCAAAUGUCUCGACACCUGGUGCGGAGGGUAUAUUCAGUCCCAUCCCACAGCAUGAUUCAACCGCUAACCUUCUCAAAAGCGUCAAUAAGUCCUUGUAUCAAAACAUGAUCGGCACCAGUGGGAGUCCUGUUCCAGCCUCAAUCGAAGGUAAAACUCAACCUCAGGCAUCUCUACCCACUAGCACCGUGAUCACGCCAAGAUCCAGAGAAGUGCCUGACUUCAACUCUAGUGUGGUGGACCUUCCAAAAGCAAAGCAUCAGCAGCAACAGCAAUAUUCAUUGCCCGCGAUGAGAAGACUUCACCGUAAGUCUUCAAGUGCAGCUCCCUCUCCUGAACCCAAGGAUACGAAAGCGGCUCCGCAACAUGCCCAUGGUAAGCAUCCACUUCGUCCCCUUGAAAGUGGCCGCCACAUUUCGUCCGCGUUGAAGAAUGAGGUGAUCGACGAAAGUGAUAGUGAUCACUUUUCAGAUCACGAAGAAGACUCUAGGUCAAAAGUUCUCCAGUUCGGAGGUUUUUCAUCGGAUGCAAAAUCGAGGGCUUCAUUGUUGACUGGAUCCAAGGACAUUUUCUCAAAAGUGCCUUGGAAAAUCGUGACUUCCGGCAAAGGAAACGGUGGGCUAAAAAACGCGAUAACGACCGCUUCCUCGGAAAAAAUUAUCGAAGAGCCCGUCAAGUGGGUAGGUACAGUUGGUAUUCCAACCGAUAGUAUCUCAAACGAUGUAUUGGACAAAGUUUGUGAAGAGCUUGAAAAUAACUACGACUGUGUGCCUGUUAUUUCUGAUGAUAUCACAUUCAAAGUCGCUUACAAGAAUUUCUGCAAACAAAUCUUGUGGCCCACGCUUCACUAUCAGAUUCCGGACAACCCUAACUCGAAAGCGUUUGAAGAUCAUUCCUGGAACUUUUACCAAAAUCUGAAUCAGUUUUUCGCGGAUAGCAUUGUCGAAGCUUACAACGAAGGUGAUACUAUUUGGGUACAUGAUUACCAUCUGAUGCUUGUCCCUGGUAUGGUAAGAGCGAAGUUGCCCAAUGCCAAAAUCGGUUUCUUUUUGCACGUUUCGUUCCCUAGUAGCGAAGUAUUCAGAUGUUUUGCGCAAAGAGAGAAUAUUCUAAAUGGGAUUGUUGGUGCGAACUACGUUGGCUUCCAGACGGAGGAGUAUGCUCGUCAUUUCCUGCAGACGACAAACGGUCUUUUGAUGACUGACGUUGACAAGACAACCUUGAAAUAUAAAGGACGCAUCAUAGACGUUGGCCACGUCCCUAUUGGAAUCGAUACGUUUAAUCUUGAUGCUGAAUUGAACGCUGAUAGUGUUCAAAACUGGCGCCAGUUGAUUCGUAGUCGCUGGCCUGAUAAGAAGCUGAUUGUUGGCCGUGAUCAAUUUGACCGCAUUAGAGGUCUAAAAAAGAAAUUGUUGGCGUAUGAGAGAUUCUUGCGUGCCAAUCCUGAGUACGUCACACAAACUGUUUUGAUUCAAAUAUGUUUGGGAUCCGAAAAGAAUCCUGAGCUUGAAAGAGAGCUGAUGAUUGUGAUUGAUCGGAUUAAUGCUUUAUCACCAGACAUCAGCACUUCCCAACCGGUCGUUUUUCUACACCAAGAUCUUGAAUUUGCUCAGUACUUGGCUCUCAAUUCUGAAGCAGACUUAUUUUUGAUAACGACUAUGAGAGAGGGUAUGAAUUUGACUUGUCAUGAAUUCAUAGUUUCUUCAAGAGAGCGCAAUGCCCCACUUUUGUUAUCGGAGUUCACUGGUAGUGCAUAUAUCAUGAAAGAUGGAGCGUACCUCAUAAAUCCAUGGGAUAUCAAGCAAGUAGCCCAAACCAUAAAGCGGGCUCUCGAAUUGCCGUACGAAGAAAAGAGAAGAAGAUGGAAGACUUUAUACAAGAGCAUCAUGAAGAAUGAUUCGGACUACUGGGUGAAGGAGUCUUUGAACGGGAUUGCAGACUCUUGGUACUUCAACAAAGAAAGGUCUACUGUGUUCAAUUUGUCCUAUGAUACUAUGCUUUCAAGUUAUAAAGCUACCAAAAAGCGUGUGUUCAUUUUCAAGAUAUCAGAACCACCUACUGCUAGGACUCUGUCUAUUUUGGCUGAUUUAUCUGCUCACAGUAUAGUGUACGUGUUCAGUGCAUUUUCGCGCAACAUGAUGGAAAGACUUUACACUCGUGCAGCUCAUGUGGGAUUGAUCGCUGAGAAUGGUGCUUAUGUGAGACUCAAUAACCGCUGGUUCAGUAUUGUGGAAGAUAUCUCGUGGAAAAGUGAGGUUGCCAAGGUGAUCGAGGACAAGGUGGAGCGGUUGCCAGGUUCCUAUUGCAAGGAAGGAGAGUCAAUGAUACGCUUCCAUACUGAAAACGCUGAUGAUAAAGAGCGUAUUUCCGGUGUUGUUGGUGAGGCAAUUACUCACGUCAAUACGCUUUUCGGUGAUAGAGGUAUUCAUGCUUAUUUGCACAAAAGCGUCGUGUUUGUGCAACAAACAGGGCUGUCACUAAAAGCUGCACAGUUCUUGAUCGCGUAUUUCAACUCUGUGAACGCAAAUACAAACUCUACACCCCAGCAUUCGGUUGAGAAUUCACCACUGUUGAGCCCACUAAUCGCACCUUCUGUGCCCAAUGGUGUUGCUUCGCCAUUGAGCCAGGGAGGUAGCAACUCUUACUUCAGCUUGGGACGUAACACUUCGCACAUUGAUUUCUUGGCCGUGACAGGAUCAACUUCACCUGUGGUCGAGCCACUAUUCGAGUAUGUCAAUGAAAUGGUCAAAAAGAGGUCUGUCAAGGCAGGGUACAGUGUGGUGUACGGAGUUUCCUUAUCAACCUAUGCAAAAGAGCAUAUUGAAGGUCUAAACGAGUUACUUUCCAUGUUGGAAAAGCUCAACCACUCAAACUGA